CAGCUGAGCGCCCCCUUUUACCAGUCCUGCUGGGCUUCCCAGGGGCCCUUUUCUCUCCUCCACCCGCGUCCAUGUUCUGGGCACUGCCGGGAGGUCCAGAGCACCCUUCCAAAGGGGGAGUUGGCCCCCGGCGGCACCUCUUCCCAUGAACCCUGCAAGCCAUGCGCCUGGGCUCAGCAGAAUGACAUAGAAGAGGCGUUGCACACAGGCGAGCUGGGCUUGCUGCCGGACCGACUCCAGGCACCGUGAGUGCAGAUGUGGUGGCGGCGUGCACAGGGCUCUCUGUUCCUGAAGGCAAGGGCCAUGGCCUCCCUGUUGCUGGCCCGGAGGCUGGCCUGCCGCUCCCAGCACAACUCCCGCCUGCUGCUGCCCGGAUCCAGGCACAUCAGUCAAGCCGCAGCCAAAGUCGAUGUUGAAUUUGAUUAUGAUGGGCCUCUGAUGAAGACAGAAGUCCCAGGGCCGAGGUCUCGGGAGUUAAUGAAACAACUGAAUAUAAUUCAGAAUGCAGAGGCUGUGCAUUUCUUCUGCAAUUACGAAGAGAGCCGAGGCAAUUACCUGGUUGACGUGGAUGGCAACCGAAUGCUGGAUCUUUAUUCCCAGAUCUCUUCUGUCCCCAUAGGUUACAGCCAUCCUGCCCUGGUGAAGCUCAUCCAACAGCCUCAGAAUGUGAGCACAUUCAUCAACAGACCUGCCCUGGGAAUCCUGCCCCCUGAGAAUUUCGUGGAGAAGCUACGGGAGUCCCUGCUCUCGGUGGCACCCAAAGGGAUGUCCCAGCUCAUCACCAUGGCCUGUGGCUCCUGCUCCAAUGAAAACGCCUUCAAGACCGUCUUCAUGUGGUACAGGAGCAAGGAAAGGGGACAGAGGGGCUUCUCGAAGGAGGAGCUGGAGUCCUGCAUGAUCAACCAGGCUCCCGGAUGCCCCGACUACAGCAUCCUCUCCUUCAUGGGCGCCUUCCACGGGAGGACCAUGGGUUGCCUAGCGACCACGCACUCCAAAGCCAUUCACAAGAUCGACAUCCCCUCCUUCGACUGGCCCAUCGCACCGUUCCCACGGCUGAAAUACCCUCUGGAGGAGUUUGUCAAAGAGAACCAGCAAGAGGAGGCCCGCUGUCUGGAAGAGGUGGAGGAUCUGAUUGUGAAAUAUCGGAAACAGAAGAAGACGGUGGCCGGGAUCAUCGUGGAGCCCAUCCAGUCCGAGGGCGGAGACAACCACGCGUCUGACGACUUCUUUCGGAAGCUGAGAGACAUCGCCAGGAAGCAUGGCUGCGCCUUCCUGGUGGAUGAAGUCCAGACCGGGGGAGGCUGCACCGGCAAGUUCUGGGCCCAUGAGCACUGGGGCCUGGACGACCCGGCCGAUGUGAUGACCUUCAGCAAGAAGAUGAUGACUGGGGGCUUCUUUCACAAAGAGGAGCUCAGGCCCAACGCGCCUUACCGGAUCUUCAACACCUGGCUGGGGGACCCGUCCAAGAACCUGCUGCUGGCCGAGGUCAUCAACGUCAUCAAGCGGGAGGACCUUCUGAACAACGCGGCCCAUGCCGGGAAGGCCCUGCUCACAGGGCUGCUGGACCUCCAGGCCCGGUACCCCCAGUUAAUCAGCAGAGUGAGGGGACGGGGCACCUUCUGCUCCUUCGACACUCCAGACGAAUCCAUACGGAACAAACUCAUCUUAAUCGCCAGAAACAAAGGUGUGGUGUUGGGAGGCUGCGGCGACAAGUCCAUCCGCUUCCGUCCCACGUUGGUCUUCAGGGAUCACCACGCUCACCUGUUCCUCAACAUCUUCAGCGACAUCUUGGCAGACUUCAAGUAAAGAAGCCGUUUAUUUCUGCUACACUCUGAGAAAGCCCUGAUCUCAACAGUUGUCCAAUUGAUUAGUUUGCCUAAUUCAUGUUUUCACUUAAAAAGUGUCAGAGGUAAAGGCAUCAAGCGAGGGUUAUUUGUGGGGAGGGACUGUUUCUGGUGGCGUGGGGGGGGCUGAGCUGACGUUCCCCCUGCAGAGCUAGGGGAGUACGCUGGCUGAUGCCCCGAGAUUCCACUUGAGCCCUGGACAUCGUCUUGGGACGGACCGUGAGGUUCCUGGCCAUAUUUCUGCCCACACUCGACCAACCCCAAUGAGUCUUUGGAGGCCAGUCAAGGGAGUCACACCUGCUCCUGGGACUGGUGGCCGGACCCCCUGGGUUCCAUUCCAUCUGGAGUGCCAUAUUCUGUGAUCAAGAACACUGGCUUCCCCUCCCCUACGCACGCCAACACCCUCACCUCCUCACCCAGCCCCAGAGCUCUGGGCACACCCUACGAUCACUUCUCAAGGGACUGGAUGGAUGGUCGGGAGGCAGUCAAGGAGGAACAUGAGGAUGCACUCUGGGGUGGGGGCAGGGGUUUCUGCCCCCCGGGACUAGGACCACCCCUCAGCACCCUGGAGAUUCCUCUCCACUGGGAAUUCUGGCCCUCGGGGGACCUCCAGCUGGCAUCACCGAUGGUUCCUAUGUGACAUCCUCCAUCCCCAAACUCUGUCCUCCCUUAAAUGUCAGCCUAGUCCUGAGCAGGAGGAAGUCAUUCUGAGGCCCACAGGGACACACGAGGCCAGGGUCUGGGCAGCGGCACCACUCCAUCCUGCCUCCCAGGGCACCUGGGAUCUGACUUCUGGGCCCCUCGCCCUGGGAGGCUCUUUCUCUCCCUUUCGCUUAUCCAGCCUUCGCCCCUGUCCUGGCAGACCCCUGAGCUGGGUGGGGUUUCUUCUUGAGGGAAGAGCCAUGAGUUCAAGUCGUCUGAGCUCCGUGCGGUUCAAGGUGGUUUCCUUGCGCUCGACCCUCCCCAAGUUAGAUCUUUUCCUGAUGUGACAGAGAGUGAUGACAAUACUGAAAUGUUUAAUUGGGCUGUAGCUGAGGCUACAGUGUCUCCGCUGGAGGCCAGACCUUCGGGAGCUGAUCUGACCUCAGGUGCUCCUAAGACAAGCACUAAAUAGUUGGACAGCCAUGGAGCACGACUCGGUGGGUAGACUGAGAAAGGCUGGCCUAUGCUCUCUGUCCAGAAGGAAGCCACUUCCUCUCCUGGGGCCCUGGUUGACUGUUCUGGAAGAUGGGCAUAACCAGCUUCCUGAUUCAGCACUUUGCUCUUUUAAUAUUAUCCAAAGAUCUCAAAGUGGGGUUUUUUUUUUUUAAGCUUCCACCUCUCAGCAGACUUGGUCAUCGACCUACUUUUUUUGAGGAAUGAAAGGUGCUGAUGUGUGUCAAGUGGACAGAUCCAUGAAUUCUGGUUCACCUUGCAUUCCCACAGUCAGCACUAAUCCGUCACUUUUAAUGAGUCCUGCCAUGGUUACAGCCAUGCGCGUUGCCAGAAGAGAUGUACACCUCCCUCUCUUGGCAAGGUUUCACUCGUUUGUUUAUUCAUUUACGCAUCAUUCAUUCUUCCAACUUCCAUUAAAUGCCUGCAUUAUCCCAGGCCUUGUGCUAAGUCCCAGGAAUACAAAGACAAGAGAAGACGCAGGGCCUGCUCUCGGGGUCACAUCCCAUUGGAAACAACAGACUUCAAGUCAACCAAGCCGAGUGGCAAGUGCUAUAACAGAGGCGCGUGUAAGAGCAUCAGGAAAUCAGAGGGAGAACCACAGGCCCCCUAAGGGUCAGAGAAGUUCAGUGAGAAGAGAGCAUUGGAGCAGGGUUUUGCAGAUGAACAAAAGUUCACCAAACAGAUAGGGCAAGGAAGGGUGUGGCAGAAAGGGGACGGCACUUGCAGAGGCACCUCAGUUCGUGGCCUCUCACCAUUCCCUGGGGAGCCAGAGUCCAUAGGCAACAUCCCAAGGUUCAAGGCCUUAUUCACAAACAAGCAAAAUGCAAACCAAACCACGAUUCAUGUACUAGCUGAAGUAUGCCAAUAUUCAAUAAGGUUCUUGGAGUCCAGAAGGUUCGAAGCCAGGGAACAACCAGAAACUGGGCUCUCUUCGGUGGAGAGAGUGCCACCAAUAUUUUGUUCUCUUUCCCACGGGGCACUGACAAGGAAAUGAAAUUGUCUGGUCUGGAAAAGCACUUCCAGACUUCUUAUUCACUCCUUACCAAGGGAAGUUACUUAUUGUAAAACUUUUAAAGCCAUUUAUCAACAAGUUCUUGUUGACUCAGGGCAUAAUGAGUUCCUGAGACAUCUUCUUUUGGGAGGUGGGGAUUUAGCUGGAAAAAUUUCAAGGAAAAGAAUUCUCAGCAGAGCUCAAGACCAGAAGCGCGGAAGAUGUUGGUGAAAAUGCGGGGAGCCCAGCGGACAGGCUACUGUCCAGGGCAGAACCCACGGAGAAGUCCAUCUGCGGCUGGCCGAUGGUCCGGAAAUUGCUCCAUUAUACAUUAGUGCCAUAGAGUUUAGUAAAUGUCUAGCAAGUCUUGUCACUUUUACAGAAAACAAGGUCCAGUAAUAGCAAGUCUUAGCACAUCCUCACUUUUAUUAUAAAUGGGUGUUUUUUUAUAAUUUUUACUGACACUCAGUAACCAUGCAGAAUUGUACACAGCCUUACUAUGUCCACGUAUCUAUACCUAUCUAUAUCUCUAUAAAUCAGUUCAUGGUAGAAAACCGUACUAGGGACCAUCGCAGACUCACACAUACAAAGUGAGCUUGUUUACAGUAUUCUGUUGACAGUGCCAAUACAUGAUACAGAAAUUAACAUGUCACAAAGUAACUGAUGACCACAUGCAUAAUUCCAUGAAUUAAAUCUGUUUCUUGUGUUAAUUAGUAUUCUUAAAUUUAAAAAAUAUUUAUAAUGGAAA